UAUGUGUGUCUGUGUUUGUUCUCGUCUCAGGGUGGCCAAAUGAACUGUUUAGCCUGAAGACCAAAGAUCAUAGGCCUUGAUCCAACAGCAACUGAGCGGCCAGCGGAUAGAGAACACUGCAGACUUUCUUUACAUUAUGAGUCGGGACUGAAGAAUUCCUUUAGGAUUUCGUUUUGUGGUGUUACAAAGUGAAGAAAAUCACCAUGGAUGUCAAGAAAAAAGAAAUGGAUCUCCUUAGCAAUAGCAUUGCAGCUUUUGCACAUAUUAAAGCCAAUCCAGAAAGCUUUGGGCUGUACUUUGUCCUCGGAGUAUGCUUUGGUCUGGUGUUGACCCUGUGCCUUUUGGUAAUCCGCAUAUCAUGUAAGCCAAGGACAAACGUCGCUCAUCCCACUCCUGAAAAGAACCCCUUAAAAGACACCAGCAUGGAAGAUGAAGAAAGUGACGACGAUGAGGAGGAUGAUGGGGAGGAUGUAGAGGCAUCUGUUGCAUUGCCCAUCACUGAAAUUCCUGUUGGCAAUCAUACCAGCCAGUCAGACGGCACUUUAAGUGUGAACGUUUUUACUUCAGCUGAGGAGCUGGAACGUGCACAGAGGCUUGAGGAGAGGGAACGGAUCAUCCGGGAGAUCUGGAGGAAUGGCCAGCCUGAUAUCCUGGGGACAGGAACAGGGACUAUUGGAAGAGUGCACUACUACUAAUAUACAAAAAAGCUUUAAAGAAGCCUAGGAGCAACCUUGGGGCCUGGUGUCCUUUAAUCUGAGUGCUUCUGUUAGAUAUAAAGUGACUUGUGAAACAUAAAAAAAUGUUAUGGUGCCAAAUUUCAAAUUUUUUUCUUAGAGAGAGCCAAACUUUGAGAUAUUGCACUUCCUCUGUAGCAUGCUAUAUAUGUUAAUGUCAACUGUCUACAUGUACCUGAACCAAGAGAUGUCUUAACAGCCUCGUGAAAUUUGAGUGGAAUGAAUGGUAGAGCUGAAGGAUUCAAGGAGAAAUAAAAUUUUAAAUAUACAGCAGGGAAUAUAACUUUUGAACAUUGCACAUUUUUUCUCAGUUAAUAUAUUCCUAGCUGGCUUUUUGAUGUAAACUUACCAACAAAUGUCUUUAAACGGGAUUUUCAUUUGAAUAAUUAUAUUAGCUGUUCUUCCAGCAGCCUCUUCUGUGUGAGUUUUGCCCAUUUUGGUGAUUAGGCUCCCCUUUAGGGAAGCUGAAAAAGUCUGAGACCUCUCACAGCCAAAAAACACAUUUUAACAACUUAGACAUUAGCUAAAAAAAAAAAAAACAGUUGCUGUCACUGUGCAGAUUAGCUGCUAAAGAGCUCCUUAGUUUCCACUAUGAGCAGAAGUGAUUUCACUCUGCCUCACAUCAUUUCUCACUGUUCUGAGAAAGUGGCCAUUUAUUUACUGUGCAGGCACAGCAAGGUCAAGUUAAGUGCCUCUUUAAGGGGGCGAGUUAAAGCUUUAUGUAAGAUGCUGAUGACCUCUUGCUUUUCCAGAACAGGAAGGGAUUGGUGCUAUAAGGGCAAUAUUUCUGAGGAAUUCUUAGACUUGCAUUUAUCAAGUUAAAUACCACUUUGUGCAUUAUUUUGAUGAAGGGUUAGUAUUAUAACACUUAAAAGUUUUAAAGAGUAAAUUUUGCAUGAUAUAGGCCACGAAAUUAAACAAAAGAGCUGACUCCAAAGGUUCAUCUUCAUCACAGAUCAGAUCUUUAGUCAUUCUAUUAACUUCUGUUAUUCUAACAAAUGUAUGUUCUUUCUUUAAAACUUACUGAGUGUUUUAACAUCAAAAUAAUUAUCUUGUUUCAUAAUUUACUCUCAUUCCAUCAUGGCAGUCUUUGUAACAUGUCAUUACUAUUUUUAUUCUAACUUCCUUCAGUUUUAUGAAGUAUUUUGAACAUAAGCCCAUCACAAUGAAGUAACCAUGUCUAACCUUUGCAGCUGGAACAUGGUUUUCAACUCUUCCUAAAGGUAAAAAAUGGUUUACAUGGUUUUUGGGUCAUGUAAAAUGACAUUUUUUCGAACAUGUUGUUUUUAGAAUGAGACCUAAAGUGUGCAGUUUAAGUCUUCCGAGUUGGAACAUAUUCUCUGAAUGACUCACAAUGUUCUGCAGCAAGCUUUAAAUGAGUGUCAACAUAUUGUUUUUCAGGAGGGGAAUUUAGCCAAAUGAGUUUGGUGUGAAUGUCAUGAUGGCUGCACAUACCCUUUUAGUUAAUGGGUAGUUUGUAUUUGCUGAUUCUAGGUGUUUCUGAAUCUUUGUUGGUGGUCACUGGCUCUUGGAGAGAUCAUCUGAAAAUUCAUUGGAUAUAGUUAUGGGUUUUUUAUGAGACAAUCAUUUUUGUUCCACUUCAAGAUAAUGAUCCAAUGAGUGCAUUCUGGAACAUUCAAUAGUUUAAAUAUGUAUCUAACUAAUGAUAUCAGUAUAAUUCAAAACAAUAAGAUUACAAGAUCUUGAUAGAUCUCUUUCUUUACCCAUCAUGUCAUGUUUCCUAUGAGAUACCUUGGUAAUGAGAAAGCUGAUUAUCAUCCUACACUAAUCCGGUCAUAUAUAAAGUGGUAUUGCAAUAAAGCAAAGAUGUAAUGAUGGAUUUGAACUGUCUGCUUCUGGCUUCUCACCCAUUUAUCUUUGUCUGUUCAAUAUUAAUUCCCUGUUUUAUUAAAUGUCAUUACACAUCCUU